GCUUGUUGUUGAGCAUUUUAUUGGGAUUUUAUUGUAUUUUUAUCGUUUUAAAACGACCCAGCAAGAUGAUGGACGAUGGAAUGGCGUAUGGUAUGCAGGGACAAAUGAUGUUACAACCCCAGAGUUAUCCAGCAAUCCAUGGCAACCAGCAGGUGAUGAUGGAGUCGUGUGGAAUGAUGGGUGAUGACAUGGGAGGGGGCAAGAGGGCCAUUGGGGACAUCUUACAACAAAUUAUGAACAUUACAGAUCAGUCCCUAGAUGAGGCCCAAGCAAGGAAGCACACUUUAAAUUGCCACAGAAUGAAGCCAGCAUUAUUUCAAAUACUUUGUGAAAUUAAAGAGAAGACAGUGUUAAGUAUUCGCAACUGUCAAGAUGAUGAUCCACCCGAUGCCCAGCUGAUGAGGCUGGACAACAUGUUGAUAGCUGAAGGGGUGGCAGGCCCUGAGAAGGUGGGGGGUAGCAUGGUGGCCCCCUCUGAGAAUGCCAUAGAACAUGCAGACUACAGAGCAAAGUUAAUUCAGAUAAGGCAGAUUUACAACUCAGAGCUCGAAAAAUAUGAACAGGCCUGCAGUGAGUUCACAAGCCACGUUGUCAACCUUCUACACGAGCAGAGUCGCACUCGACCAAUAGCCCCAAAGGAGAUAGAUCGAAUGGUGAGCAUCAUCCGCAAGAAGUUCACGGCCAUCGAGUUGCAGUUGAAGCAGAGCACAUGUGAGGCAGUCAUGAUACUGAGGUCCAGGUUCCUAGAUGCAAGACGGAAACGACGGAACUUCAGCAAGCAAGCGACGGAGAUGCUAAAUGAAUAUUUCUACUCGCACCUCAGUAAUCCAUAUCCAAGUGAGGAGGCCAAGGAAGAGCUUGCCAGGAAGUGUGGCAUCACUGUUUCACAAGUCUCAAAUUGGUUUGGAAAUAAAAGGAUUCGUUUCAAGAAAAAUGUCGGGAAGGGUCAAGAAGAAGCCAACAUGUACAACGCAAAGAUGGCUGGCAGUGGCACGAACAACAAUGGCAGCAGCAACAACGCCAACAGCAACUACAAUAGCAACAAUUUCAACAACAACAGCAGUGACUCCAAAUCACCUAUGCUGCCUAAGUUGGAGUCAGCUGAUAGUCAGUGCUUAAGUGACAGCCAAGAGUCAUGGGGCACACCAGCGUACAGCAUGCCAACAAGACCUGACUUGUACAUGUCUAUGAAUCCAAACAUGGGGUACACAGAUAUAUUACCAACGUCGACAUCUAACAUGUACGAUCCACACAUACGUCAGUGAGAAAAGUUGUUGAGAGGAUGAUGACGAUCAUGAGGAUGAUGAAGAUGAUGAUUACCUAUUUAUACAUACAUUCAUACAUACAUUCAUAUAUAUAUAUAUAUAUAUAU